AUGUCCUGGCACGACGACGCUUCGAAGAGACGUACUGAUGUUGCCCAGCUUGACUGCCUCUCCGCGGCGUGUGGUCUCGCCGAUGAAGCCUGCGUAUGCGAUAGGAUCUCGAGCAAGAAGGUCAUGGACUGUUCCAUGGCCGCUUGUACCUUUGCCGAAGCUAUAUCGGCCCGGAGACUGAUCGAAGUCGCCUGUGGCGCGUCGACAACCCGCACCCGCGUCGGCACGUUCAACUACAUCAACACCGGCCUCGGCAUAUUCACCGGCAUCAUAGCCGUCGCGCGGCUUAUCUUCAAGCGAUUCAUCAGCUCCGCCCGCAAAUUUACCCCCGACGACUGGGUCAUUCUCGCGACGCUCGCCCUCGGUCUGGCCAGCGUGCUGCUCCUCUCACUAGGGCUGACGGCCAACGGCCUGGGGAGAGACAUCUGGACCCUCGCCCCGGAAGGCAUGGUGACCUUUGGGUUCUACUUUUACCUCUGCGAGAUUGUUUACAUUGCUCUCAUGGCCAUGGUGAAGCUAGCGCUGUCUCUCUUUUACUUGGCCAUUUUCCCGGGUGCCGGUGUGCGCCGGAUACUAUGGGCGACGGCCGUGUUCCAGGUCGUCUUUGGGCUGGCGUUUGUAAUCAAAGACGCGGUCCAGUGCAUCCAGCCCGACUUCUACUGGAAGAGGUUCAGCCUCGAUGCUGAUCCGCGGGGGCACUGCAUCAACGUGCAUGCCUCGGGCUGGGUCAAUGCCGUGCUGGGCGUCGCCAUUGACGUCUGGCUGCUGGCGAUUCCUCUCUUUCAGUUGCGCAAAUUGCAACUGGAGUGGAAGAAGAAGGCCGUGGCGGGAGUCAUGUUUCUCACCGGCGCGCUGGUGACGCUCAUCUCGAUUCUUCGACUCAAGUCCCUCAAUACAUUUGCUAACACGACAAACCCGACCUGGGACCAGUGGGCGCUGGUGCUCUGGUCCACGAUCGAGAUCAACACGGGCAUCAUCUGCACCAGCCUUCCCGCCGUGCGCCUCAUGCUGCUUCGCCUGUUCCCGCGGAUGCUCGGGACUGUCGCCUCGACGACAUCACGGACACGAACGCGCGCAGAGUCGGCGUAUGGCGAGGGGGCGAGCAGUAGCCACGAAAUGAAGCCUCCGGGCUCGUCUGCGGGAGGCAGCGACCACACCUCGACGUUGACGCUGCUGCCACCAGCGACAAGGGUUGAAUCUCGCAGUCCUUUAUUUGAAGAUGUCAAGUCGGCUGAGACGGACUCAAGACGAACAUAG